AUGGGUCUCUUACAUAUUGUCGAAGAGCGGCCGACGCCGCCGUCGGUCUACAACUGGCGUGUCUAUGUUCUUGCUAUCAUAGCAUCAUGUGGGUCCUGCAUGAUUGGAUACACGAGUGCCUUCAUCGGCACAACUAUUGGACUCGACUCCUUUAAGAGUGAGUUCGGUCUCGACAAGAUGACAAAGGUAGAGACAAAUUUGAUCAGUGAGAACAUUGUGUCUAUCUUUGUUGCUGGUGCAUUUUUCGGCGCACUGUUCACCUACUGCCUCAGUCAUUUUAUUGGGCGUAAGCAGUGUCUCGCUAUUGGAGCGACCGUGUUUUCCGUGGGAGCUGGUCUGACGUGUGGUGCCAACGGUUCACGCGGACUGGGCAUACUCUACGCCGGACGUGUCCUGACGGGGUUGGGAACUGGUGUCGCAUCGAAUAUCAUCCCCGUUUACAUUUCGGAGUUGGCACCACCAGCUAUCCGUGGACGUCUCGUCGGACUAUACGAGCUUGGCUGGCAGAUUGGUGGCCUGGUGGGCUUCUGGAUCAAUUAUGGUAUUGAACAAUCCAUGCCGUCGAGCCAUGAACAAUGGAUCAUUCCCUUUGCUGUUCAGCUGAUACCGUCUGGUUUACUUUUGAUCGGCUCCUUCUGGAUUCGCGAGUCCCCUCGCUGGCUGUUUCUCAAGGACCAUCGCAAGCAGGCUAUGGAGAACUUGUGCUGGAUUCGUCAGUUGGAACCUAACGACAUGUACAUCACCGAGGAGAUUGCAGGCAUUGACAAGAUUUACGAGCUGCAGAAGUCUACAGUUGGCUUCGGGUUCUGGCAGCCUUUCAAGGCGCUGGGCGCUCGUCCGUAUUUGCAGUGGCGAUUGUUCCUCGGCUGCAUGCUUUUCUUCUGGCAAAACGGCUCGGGCAUCAACGCGAUCAACUAUUAUUCGCCCACAAUUUUCUCCAGUAUCGGCGUCGAUGGUAAUACGGUGAAUCUGAUGACCGGUAUCUUUGGGGUGGUCAAGGCUAUCAUGACCUUUGUCUGGCUGCUCUUCCUGGUCGAUCAGCUCGGAAGAAGGAAGCUCUUGCUCGGUGGUGCGAUCACUGGCUCAAUCUGCAUGUGGAUCAUUGGCGCAUACGUGUGCGUGGUCGAGCCGACAAAGAACCCUACCGAACACUUGACCAGCAGCGGCAUCGCAGCCAUUGUCUUCUUUUACCUCUGGACAGCUGUCUAUACCCCUACAUGGAACGGUACCCCUUGGGUCAUCAACUCUGAAUUCUUCGACCCUAACUUCCGCUCCCUUGCCAGCGGUGCGACGACGGCCAGCAAUUGGCUGUUCAACUUCCUCGUUUCGCGGUUCACGGAGCAGAUGUUUGCGUCGAUGGGCUACGGCGUGUAUUUCUUCUUCGCGUCGCUGUCCUUCCUCGCCUUCUUCUUCGCCUUCUUCCUCAUCCCCGAAACUAGCGGCGUCCCCCUGGAGCAGAUCGACAGGCUGUUCGAAAUCAAGCCCGUCUGGAGGGCUAACGAGACCCUCAAGGCACAGCUCAGGGAGGAGGAGGUGCAGUUCCGCUCAGACGUCAAGGGCGAGGCCAUCCACCAGGAGAAGGACUCCGAGUCGGAUUCGCCAUGA